AGGGCAAAAUCGGCAAUGCAGAAAAUGAAGGGCACUAUAAAUGCCCCACAUUGGUGCCGCACUGGUUCGUUCAAGCAACGCAAAGCACAAGCGAAGGGCUACAUCCUGAAAUUCGUUUCGUGUGCUCUGCCCUUUGGCAUAUCCCUCCUCCCUUCUCACUUUGCUGGAGUUCAGAGAAGCAGAGGCUGUGUGAAAGAGAUGCGAGGAAGCAGGAGAGGCAUGGCCAUGGUGGUGCUGGCGCUCGCCCUGGCCGGCAUGGCGGCGACCUCGUCGGCGGCCGUCUACAAGGUCGGCGAUACCGCAGGGUGGACCAUCCUUGGCAACAUCAACUACGCCGACUGGGCCUCGAAGCAGACCUUCCAUGUCGGAGACAUCAUAGAGUUCAAGUACCCGCAGGGGAUCCACAACGUGCUGGAGGUGAAGAAGGCGGACUACGAGAGCUGCAGCAACUCGACGCCCAUCGCCACGCACACCUCCGGGGACGACAGGGUCGCCAUCAGGGGGCCCGGACACCGCUUCUUCAUCUGCGGCGUCCCCGGCCACUGCGCCGCGGGCCAGAAACUCAACGUCCGCGUGCUCAAGACCACGCGCUCCGGAUCCGCCGCCGGCCCUAACAAGGCGCCCGCCGCCGCACCCUCGGCGGCGUCCCCCCCGCGCGGCGGCGAGACCCCCGCCGCCUCGACGCCGCCCGCCGCUGCGACGGACGGAGGCUCCUCGUCAUCGACGACGACGGCCGCGCCCGCGCCCAACGCCAAUGGCGCUGCCGGCGGCGGCGUGGGGUGGUAUCUGGCCGUGGUCGCGGCCGCGUCCAUGGCGAUGCUACAGUAGAUUGCGCUACCUUCUGUUCUCCUCCAUUGGUCGUGCGUGUGUGUGCACCUAUCUGUGUCCGUUUCUUUUUUCCUUUCCUGUUACGUGUGGAGUGUUAAUAUCUUCUGAUGAUUUUGGGGA